AUGAAAAUGGACGAGGCGCAAGAGUCCUUUCAGUUAUUCGAUAAAGACGGCAAUGGUUACAUCGAUGUGAACGAGCUUGCGCUGGUCAUGAAUUCAAUUGGUCGUCAUCCGACACCGGAAGAGCUCUCUGAUAUGAUCGCUGAAGCCGACGCGGAUGGCGAUAACAGAAUCGAUCUGUGUGAAUUUUUAGCCCUGUUGACCAGACAGCCACUGUUGGACAAGACCGUCAGUUUAGAGGCGUUUGAACUGUUUGAUAAGGAUGGCGACGGUUACAUUUCUGCUGAUGAACUGCACCAGGCCAUGACGACAAUUCUAGGAGACUAUGUUUUGCCAAAGGAAAUAGACCAAAUGAUGGCAGAAGCUGAUAUCGAUGGCGACGGGAAAAUCAGCUGUGAAGAAUUUAUGAGGAUGCUCACACUGUGA